GCCAGACAAAGGAAUAUCCGCCCAACCUGGCCAUCUGCUUUGUUAAUAAACUUCCUGAAAUAAGCAACCAAGUGAAACGUCCGGUUCUUGAGAUAACUUUUUUGAAUCUAUUAAUGGAUCAAGAACCGGGUCCCAAUGGUUAUAUGCAAGAGUAG